AGAGAGAGAGAGAGAGAGAGAGAGAGAGAGACUAAUAAUUAAAUUGUAUUGUUCUUUCAUUACAUUAAAAAGAGGUAACAAGGAUUAGGUUGUUAGUCCUUAGGUGGUCCAUCACCUCAAACUUAAUCUCCUCUCUCAUGCAUAUAAUAAAGAUUCAAUUUUUAUUUCAUUUUAGCUCACUUUUUUUUUUUUUAAUUAUAAAGAUUCAAUUUUUUUUUUUUAAAUAUAAAGAUUCAAUUUUUAUUUAGCUCUGCAUUGAUUGAUGGAAUUGAAGUGAAAAUACCCAUCAUUCAUUUUCAUGUGCGCUCUUCAAUCCCCAUAUACAUUGCCGCCUUCCAUUCAUCCCACCUUACACAAUUACAUACAUUAUACAUACACCCUUUUUCCCCCUUUUUGGGGCCUCGAUUUUUUCGUAAAGCUCUCACCUUUUUCCAGAUAUAUGCAUACACCCAUUUCUAUACGUACACACAAAACCAACCCAGAAAGCCAAAAACCAAAUUUCAUUGUUAUUUUUAUAUGGAAUCAUUUGCUUUUUGUGGGUCUCUUUGGAAUUAGAAUAUGUGUGAAGAAUCUUGAUCCUUGUGGCUGAUUAGAAGGGGCAAAAAAAAAUGGGGGUUCUUGAUUUUAUCUGCAUGUAGUAAUGCAGACAUUGGUAAUUAGAAGGAAAUAGAUCAGUUGAAUAUAAAAAAAAAUGGAGAACGAAUUUGAUUCGAAACUUAGGAUUGAGAGCAGCAGUUCCUCCUCCAACAAUAGUAAUAGUAAUAAUAAUAAUAAUAAUAAUAUUAAUAAUAGUCAGCCUCAGAGAUCUAAGAGCUUUGCAUUUAGAGCACCACAGGAGAAUUUCAACAUCCAGGAUUUUGAUUUGGAGAAGAUUUAUGGUGUUGGCUCUUAUUCCAAGGUUGUGAGAGCAAAGAAGAAAGACACGGGAACCGUUUACGCGAUGAAGAUCAUGGAUAAAAAGUUCAUCACAAAGGAAAACAAAACGGCUUACGUAAAAUUGGAGCGCAUCGUGUUGGACCAGUUAGAUCAUUCCGGUGUCGUGCGGUUGUUUUUCACCUUUCAAGACACUUUCUCACUCUACAUGGCGCUUGAGUCGUGUGACGGAGGAGAACUUUUCGAUCAAAUAACCAGGAAAGGCCGUUUAUCAGAGGACGAGGCUCGUUUCUAUGCAGCUGAAGUUGUGGAUGCUCUUGAGUAUAUACACAGUAUGGGAUUGAUACAUCGAGAUAUUAAGCCAGAGAAUCUGCUACUUACUGCAGAUGGGCAUAUCAAGAUUGCCGAUUUUGGUAGCGUAAAACCUAUGCAAGGUAGCCGAAUUACGGUUCUUCCAAAUGCUGCAUCGGAUGAUAAGGCGUGCACCUUUGUGGGAACAGCCGCUUACGUGCCUCCGGAAGUUCUAAAUUCGUCUCCAGCAACUUUCGGGAACGAUCUUUGGGCACUUGGAUGCACGCUAUACCAAAUGCUUUCGGGUACUUCGCCUUUCAAAGACGCAAGCGAAUGGCUGAUUUUCCAACGAAUUAUUGCCAGAGAUAUCAGAUUUCCUAAUUACUUUUCAGCCGAAGCACGAGACCUCAUUGAUCAGUUAUUGGACAUAGAUCCAAGUAGGCGACCGGGUGCGGGACCCGGUGGAUAUGCUUCUCUCAAGAACCACCCUUUUUUUACCGGGAUCGAUUGGACGAACUUGAGGGAAGGAACUGCACCCCCCAAACUUGCUUUAGAUCCUAGAGUUCAGUCUAGUGGAAAUGAAGACCAAGAUUCUUCGUGGAAUCCAUCGCACGUAGGUGACAGCUCAGCUUCGGAAGCUGGCAGCAUAACUAGGCUUGCUUCAAUCGAUUCGUUCGAUUCAAAAUGGAAACAGUUCUUGGACCCGGGCGAAUCCGUUCUGAUGAUUUCGAAUGUAAAGAAACUGCAGAAACUAACAAACAAGAAAGUGCAGCUUAUUCUCACCAAUAAACCGAAGCUAAUAUACGUGGACCCCGCUAAAUUGGUGGUUAAAGGGAAUUUAAUAUGGUCGGAUAAUCCGAACGAUCUUAGUAUUCAAGUCACCGGCCCUGCGAAUUUCAAGAUUUGCACGCCGAAGAAAGUGAUGUCUUUCGAGGAUGCAAAACAAAGAGCAAUGCAGUGGAAAAAGGCGAUCGAGGCACUUCAAAAUCGGUGAAUCUUUUCUGUGGUUCGAUUAGUACAUUCUUUGAACACACACAAAGUUUGUAAAGAAACACAUUUUUUUUGUUUUAUUACUUUUUUUUUGUUCUUUUAUAUUUUUAUGGUUAGAAUAUUAUGUGUAUAGCAUUUUACUCGCCGAUACAUGCAUAUAUAUAACAGAUACUCAAUCU